AUGGUAUACUCGUCAAAGGACUCAGAGUCGUCAAGGGAAAUACAGGAUCAACACGCAUCCCCUUCAGAUGAACCGUCUCCAACACCUGCCUCUCGGCAACGUCCCAAAGACAACGCAUCGACGGGUCGAACCCCCUUCAGCAACUCGGACGAAUCAUUUGGGGCCUACAAUGAACCCAGCACAUUGAACUCAGAUUCAAAUUACCCUGAGAUCCCUCAGAGUGUUGCAACUGAGCUAGUCCGCAUUUUCUUCGAGAAAAUCCAGCCUUGGCUUCCACUAUUGCACCGACCCGGGUUCUACUCACGAUACAUGACGGACGAAAACAGCCAAUUUGCUGUCACUUCAGCGUACUCUCCAGAAGACACUCUCAUUCUAUAUUCAAUGUUUGCUUUGGCCGCGCAUCACUCGUCAAAUCCUUACUUUCAGGAGACGAGGACCCCAGAGAGAGGUAAAGAACUCAUCAAGCUGGCGAAACAAAGCUACAAACAACUCCGAGAGACCGCAGAUGGCGCUUCUUUGCCAUAUUUACAAGGAUGCGCUUUGCUUGCCGCAUAUAUGUACACGUCGGGCCCUUCCCAUCAAGCAUGGGUUCUCACUGGGAUAUGUGUUCGUCUUGCCUAUGAUCUCGACCUAUGCGACAUGGAUGACGAACCAGAAGAGUACAAGGACGCCGAUGAAUGGGCCAGAUUGGAGGAGAAAAGACGCGCCUUUUGGGUUGUUUGGGAGUUGGACACCUUUGGAUCCACGCUGUCAAACCGACCAUGCGCAAUAAGCCGAUCGAAUAUGGCUGUUCAACUUCCAGUCAGCGAUGAAGCUUGGUUUGCAAAUCAGCCAGUCCAGUCAUCAAAGCUAGACCCAUUGCCAUCGAAGGCAUGGAAGUCCCUCACGAACUGCAACAACCAGAGCGAAAGAGCAUGGUUUAUUAUCGCAAAUUACCUCAUGGCUCGAGUAUUCGACCCCCAUAUGCGCAGGGCAAGCUCGCGAGAUGGCGAACGUGAGGAACUCUCGGGUUCAAUCACAUGCUAUUAUCUUUCUAUGACGGCACGGUUUGGGAUCGAAAUGACUCCACUCUUCUUUGACAAAAGGAGCUUUGCCCGGUGUAACUGGGUCAUCGGGGCUCAUAUUUUAGUGAAUGCCGCCCGGGCUGGUUUAGCUGAUCAUCAUGAGAGUCACGGGAUCAAGAUGCGGGCUUACUCACGAGAAAGAGACAGGAUCAUACAUCAUUGGCAUCCGGAGUAUAUCGCACUGAGUCAUCCAUUUUUGACCUGCGCUUUACUUCCCACAUGGACGCCUCAUGAGCAUUUGCCUGGAACGGAAAUGCAGCUGAGUGAAGACUUGGCGAAGCUGGUCUUUGAACGCUACGCGUCUCUAUGGGGUUUGGGAUCUAUGAUGAUAGCGCUUUCAAAUGACGAAGAGCGGCUUGCAAAGCGAUUUGCGAUUUUCUUUCCAGCUGAAAACAGAACGAGAGGGCUACAAUCUAAGAAGAUAACGGGCAGGUCACUGCCUUCGGAAAAUGAGAAAACUGCAUCUCCCUCUGAACGGCAGCAAGGUUCGGCUGGCGAGAAUGCUGAGAUGGAACAUCUACUUGAGCUUACUUCCCCUGCUCAGCCAACGGAUAACAUUCCCUUGAUAGUGAGCGACCUCCAAGGUCAGAGUAACGAAGAAGAUUGUUGGGCCUCAUUUGAGUGUCAGGAUGUAUGGGGAACGCCAUCAGGGCUAGGGAACGAUAACCGUGGAUUCAGUUACCUUGAAAUCUAG